GGCAACGUCAUCAGUGCGGGACGUUGACAGUGACAUCCAGCCUUGGCAUUCGUUCUAUUGAAACGGGUAGGAAAGCCGGUGAAGAUCUUUGUUAAUAACGAACAGCUGCUCGGUUUUGAGUCAUUGUAGCUGAUAGUGAUGCAUGGGCGAGUGAAGCUGAAAUCCACCGCCCAGCAGGAGGAGGAGAAAAGAAAAGAAAAAGAGAAAAAGUUAAAGAUCUACUUGACUACUCGAGAUGCCUGUUUCAACAAGAGAAAGGAAGGCGUUUUAGAUGAAGAGGCCUUGCAGUUGUCCCAGCAGCUGCUGGCAUCGAACCCAGACUUUGCUACAUUAUGGAACUACCGGAGAGAGAUCCUGCUGUACCUGGAGACUGUGCGCUCGGAGGAUGAAGUGCAGCGUCUGUACGAGGAAGAACUUUCCUUCCUGGAGACCUGCUUGAAGAUGAACCCGAAGUCCUAUGGCAGUUGGCACCACCGGGGCUGGGUAUCGUCCCACCUGCCCAGACCCGAUUGGGCCAGAGAACUGGGCCUCUGUGACCGCUACCUCUACCAUGAUGACAGGAACUUUCACUGUUGGGACUAUCGCCGCCUAGUGGUGAAGAUGUCAGGCGUGCCCAUCGAGCAGGAGCUGCAGUUCACCGACCGCCUCAUCGCCUCCAACUUCUCCAACUACUCGAGCUGGCAUUAUCGAAGCACGCUGCUGCCCCUGCUAGCCCCCGGCUCCGCCGAGUCGUCCUCCCCACAGGGGGAGUGCUCCUCCCCCACAUCCUCCCCGCAGAUGCACUCCCACCGCGUCUGUGAGGAGCGCCUACUCAAAGAGUACGAACUCGUGCAGAACGCCUUCUUCACCGACCCCAACGACCAGAGCGCCUGGUUCUAUUACCGUUGGCUUCUGGGCAGAGCGGAGCGUGAGGAGAUGAUCAGUUGCGUGUACGUCAGCCGCGAGGGAGAGAGAGUGGUCGUCGCAUUCUCCCGCCCCGUCAACGCCCUGAGUGUGGGGCUCUUGCUGGUGGUGGACGGCCAGCCCCUGCAGGUCGACUGGAGAAGUGCGCACUCCUGCCUCCGCCAUAGCCCCGUCUGGAUCUGUGAGUUACCUCCAGGGACCAUCAGUGACACCAGUAAUGAACACAACCUGACCGUGACCUGGACCGAGAAGCGAACCCACAGAGACUGCGCUCUGUACUCUGGCCGCGCUGAAAGCUGGUGCAGGGACUCCGCCACUGACCUGGAGCUUUUCAGGAGUGAGCUGUCUGUGGAAAAGUCAUCAGUGUUGCAGUCUGAGCUGCAGUCUUGCACUCAGUUGCUGGAACUGGAGCCUCAAAACAAGUGGUGCCUCUUGACCAUCAUUCUCCUAAUGAGAGCUCUGGACCCCCUGGCUUAUGAGAAAGAGACCCUGGCUCACUUCCAGAUUCUCAAGGAAGUCGACUCGAUGCGCAGUUCAUAUUACAGUGACCUUUGCAGCAAGUUCAUGAUAGAGAACACCAUUCUCAAGAUGGAAUACGCCGAGGUCAGGGUCUUCAGCCUCUGUGAUAAGAGCCUGUCAAGCCUGUGCCACCUGGACCAGCUGCUAUUGGUCACCCACAUCAACUUGUCAUCCAAUCAGCUGCUGAGGCUGCCUCCUCAGUUCGCCAUGCUGCAGUGUCUCGAGGUCUUGCAAGCCGAUGACAACGUCAUUGAAGACCUGGAUGGACUUUGCCACCUACCCAGAUUGGAAGAGGUGUCACUGAGAAACAACCGUCUCUCUCGCCUUUCGGACCUGCAGCCACUGACCACGUGUCCCAGACUGACCCGCCUCGAUCUCCGCGGCAACCCAAUCGCCCAGGCCACCAGCAUCCGGUCUCAGCUGGCUGACAUGUUGCCGUCGGUCGCCGACCUUCUGCUCUGAGAGAGAGGACACUGACCUUCACACUUAGACAUGGGGGGUGGGGGGGCGGGGGUGCUUUUAAAUGUGUAUGUGCUGUGGCCUAGUCUGCUUGCCCGCUCUGUAAAGGUGGAGAAUCCUCAGGCUUUGUGAAUGAUGACGUCACCGGACCUGCUUGUAAUCCCAGUCCAGAGCCGCAUGCUUCCUCCUUGCAGAAAGGGGGCGCAUCGCUUUCAUGUCUGUGUAUGUUUCCCUCCACUUUCAUGUAAUGUGCAACAUAUGAACCACUGAGGUAUUACUGCCCCACCUGCCCCCAUCUUGUGCAAAGGAGUCUGAGGGUAGAGAGUGUGGGGGAAUCUGACGGAAGAUACCAAGAUUACAUUGUAUUAAUAAACAAAAUGUUUUAUUACA